UGACCACCUCUGGCUGUCAGUGCGAGCUUGGAGUUGGCGAGAGAGUGCGAGUGUUGAGAAAAGAUAUCAAAAUAACUCCAUAAAUAGGCCACAAAAUUACCAAGAAACCAUACAGGGAAUAGCAAGAGUGUGUGAAUUAUUCGUGAGAUAAUGUCUUAUUCCAACAAGUUCAUCUAUGCUACGCUGCCCAGAACCCAAAGGGGCCAACCCAUUGUUCUGGGUGGAGAUCCCAAGGGGAAGAAUUUCCUCUACACCAAUGGGAACUCUGUGAUUAUCAGAAAUAUCGAGAAUCCUGCUAUCGCCGACAUUUAUACGGAACACUCAUGUGCUGUGAAUGUGGCGAAAUACUCUCCGAGUGGCUUCUACAUCGCCUCGGGAGAUCAAUCCGGGAAGAUUCGUAUUUGGGACACGGUCAACAAAGAGCAUAUCCUUAAGAAUGAAUUCCAACCGAUUGGUGGUCCAAUUAAGGAUAUCUCCUGGUCUCCGGACAAUCAGCGAAUUGUCAUUGUUGGGGAGGGUCGUGAGAGAUUUGGUCAUGUUUUUAUGGCUGAGACUGGUACGUCCGUUGGAGAAAUCAGUGGUCAGUCGAAGCCGAUCAAUUCUUGCGACUUUCGCCCAAGUCGUCCUUUUAGGAUUGUGACGGGUAGCGAAGAUAAUACCAUUGCUAUCUUCGAGGGUCCACCAUUUAAGUUCAAGAUGACCAAGCAAGAACACACGAGAUUUGUCCAGGCUGUACGUUAUUCCCCAAGUGGUAGCCACUUUGCCUCGGCUGGCUUCGAUGGGAAGGUAUUCCUGUACGAUGGUCAGUCGUCGGACUUUGUGGCGGAAUUCGGGAGUCCGGCUCACAAGGGUGGAGUUUAUGCGGUGGCAUGGAAGGGAGAUGGAAGUCAACUGUUGACGUGUUCAGGGGAUAAAACUUGCCGUUUGUGGGAUGUUUCCACGCAGCAAUUGGUGUCGGAAUUCCCAAUGGGAAAUACUGUGGAUGAUCAACAGGUUUCUUGCCUCUGGCAGGGUGAUAAUCUUCUGACUGUUUCCCUGUCGGGCUUUAUCAAUUAUCUGGAUGUGAAUAAUCCGGCUAAGCCACUGAGGGUGAUUAAGGGGCACAAUAAGCCCAUCACUGUACUGACUCUCAGUGAAGAUCGCAGUACGAUCUAUACCGGAAGUCAUGAUGGUGCCAUCACCAAUUGGAAUUCUGGAAAUGGGAUGAAUGAUCGCGUGGCUGGAACUGGGCAUGGGAAUCAGGUGAAUGGAAUGAAGCCUCUGGGAGAAGAUGUGUACUCUUGCGGAAUCGAUGAUUCCCUCAGGCAGAUCAGUGUCGAAGGGAAUACUUAUACGGAUGUUGUGGUUAAGUUAAAUUGUCAACCGAGGGGACUGGAUGUCCUCAAGGAGCAGAAUAUCGUAAUUGUGCCCUGUGUCAAGGAGAUCACAGUGGUUCAGGAUAAUCGCAAGGUAUCCACGCUGCCCAUUAAGUACGAAUCCAGUUGCCUGGCCAUCAAUCCAGAGACACUGGAAGUUGCUGUUGGAGGAGAUGAUCACAAGGUGCACAUUUAUUCGCUAGUGGGCACAAAUCUCGAACAUAAGCUCGAUCUGGAUCACCUGGGGCCAGUGACUGAUUGCUCCUAUUCGCCGGACAACAAAUACUUGGUGGCCUGUGACUCCAACCGAAAGGUUAUCCUCUACGGUUUGCCAGAAUACAAACCACCUCAUAACAAGGAAUGGGGCUUCCACAAUGCUCGUGUCAAUUGCGUCUCUUGGUCCCCCAAUUCACUUCUUGUGGCCAGUGGCUCUCUCGAUACCACAAUCAUCAUUUGGUCCGUGACCAAUCCAUCCAAGCAUACAAUUAUUAAGAAUGCCCAUCCUCAGUCACAAAUUACGCGUCUGGUUUGGCUAGACAAUGAAACUGUGAUCUCAACUGGUCAGGAUUGCAAUACAAAAGUCUGGCAUGUGGACGCUAUUUAAAGUGGCAAAUCCAUAUCCUUUCCAUUUGAGGAAGCAAUAGAAAUUGAGAGAGAAAAACAAUGAGAAAAAAGAGCAAAAAUACGACAUAGUAAUUUCUAAAAAAAAAGAGAAAAAAAACAAUUAAUGAAAAUACCAAGUUAACGAUGGUAAUUCUACAAUGAGCUAUAUAAUUUUUUUUUCAAGUAAGACAUCAACCAAAGUUAGUUUUUUUCCGUAGUUGCCUAAACCAGAGUGUGUAGCAUUUUUUAAUAAAAAAAAAUUAAACAAUAACUAUCAACGCUAAUGAUGGAAAUAGUAACCAGUAACUUGAUAUUUUUGAUAAAUAAAAAAGAAGAAGAAAAGGUAUUAGUGUAAUAUUUGCAAAGCAUUUUUGUAUGAAUGAAAGGCCAAUAACAAUUUUUAAUAUAAACCAUAUUUAUGAGAGAGAAAAAGAUAAAUUUUGAAUUAAUUUGCAUUGAGUAUUAAAUGCUUAUUUUUUUUGGAAUUUCUAAAAAAAAAAACAGAAAAUUUAGCGGUAUUGUUUUCUUUUUGUAUUUUUUCCUAUAGCAUCAGAUGGAUAAUUUAUAAUUUAACCCAGUAAAAAUUUAUAUUAAAAAAAAGAAUUAUUGUUGUGUGAUUGUAUACAAUAAAAAAUAUUUAUUUAAAAAUACAAUAAAACUAUUCAGACAAA